AUGUCCGUCAAGACCCCUCCCAUCAAAGACCUCCUCGAGAUCACUGAGGAUACCGAGAAUGGCCUCACCUUUAUGAAGAAUGUGUCGAUACCCCUCAAGGACUCGCCUUUCCCCAUCCGCGCAAACGUCUACCUUCCGCUCACCGCGGACAAGGGCACCCGCUACCCCGUGUUGGUGACCUACGGGCCCUACGGCAAGGACAUUCCCUAUGCAUCAUUCUUCCCCAAGUCGUUCAGCGAGGUCAGCCCGGAGCAGAAGUCCAAGUACUCGGCCUGGGAAACACCCGAUCCCGUCUUUUGGACGAAACAAGGCUAUGCCAUCGUCCGCGCCGACGAGCGCGGUCUAGGCCAGAGUCCCGGCCUGCUGGACACUAUGAGCCGCGGCACGAGCGAGUGUUUCUUUGACGUUGUCGAGUGGGCAGCGGACCAGGAAUGGUCUACUGGCAAGGUCGGCCUCUUGGGUAUUUCAUACUAUGCCGGUUCUCAAUGGCGUGUCGCCGCUCGCAGGCCCAAGGGACUCGCUGCUAUCAUCCCCUGGGAGGGCAUGUCGGAUUACUACCGUGACCGCUGUCGUCAUGGAGGGAUCUACUCCAAUAAGUUCAUCGGUGUCUGGUGGAACCGCCAGGUCCUCGUUAACCAGUACGGGCGGAAAGACAGAUCUCGGCUACAAUUCCCGCCUGACGGCCCUGGCGCGAGAGGUCAGGAGGACACUAUCGAGGGUGAUCUGCCGGACGACGUCCUCGUCGCGAACCGCAAGGACCAGACCAAAGACAAUGAGCUCAAUCGCUUCCGCGACGACGAAUACUAUGCCAGCAAGGAGUACAACUUGUCAGACAUCGAGGUUCCCGUUCUGAGCGUUGCCAACUGGGGCGGUAUCCUUCUUCAUCUCCGAGGCAAUGUGCAGGGUUACCUUGGGGCUGGCUCCAAGCUGAAGUACCUCCGUUUCAUUACGGGUCGCCACGACCUCCCCUUCUACUAUCCCGAGGAGGUCGAGCUACAAAAAAGCUUCCUAGACGCCUUCCUUAAGGGCGAGGAUCGCGUCGGCUGGAGCACGCCUGGCAAGGUGCCUCCGGUGACGCUUACACUGCGAAAGGGCAACGUUGGCUUUAACGAUGCUGAGAAGGAGAAGGCGUACCCCAAGAGAGAUGAGACUGCCUGGCCCAUCCCGCGCACAAAGUACACAAACUUCUAUCUGACACCAGACCUCGGUCUCACUACGAGUGGAUCCAGCACCGAACCCAAGAUUGUCUCUUACAAGGCUCUGGGCUCGUUGGACAACCAGCAGGCCGUCUCCUUCACGACUGCGCCCUUCGAGCAAGAGACCGAGGUAACGGGCCACGUCACCGCUCACCUUAACGUCUCAGUAACGCCCGAUAAUGCUGAUAACGAGACCGAUAUCGAUCUGUUUGUCACUUUGCGGCACAUUGACGCAAACGGCCAGGAAAUAUAUUACACGGGCACGGCCGGCGAUCCCGUCCCGCUGGUCAAGGGCUGGCUGAGAGUGAGCAACCGCAAGAUACACGAGGAGGACCCCAGACACAAGUCCUGGCUGCCACACAGGGAAUACCUCUCAACUGACGUCCAGCCAGUCAAAGCUGGCGAAGUUUACGGCGUGGACAUUGAGAUAUGGCCGACGAAUGUCGUUGUCGACAAGGGUAACAAGCUUGUUUUCGAAGUCAGCAGCGGCGACACACAGGGCAGUGGUAUUUUCCAGCAUUGCUCCGAAGUCGACAGGCCUGCGUCCAAGUUCGGAGGGCUGAACAACAUUCAUUUCGGGCAAGGCUUUGAGAAUUUUGUUACCUUGCCUGUAAUUCCGCCAAAAUGA